CGCGGCGCAGGCGCAGCGGGGCGCGCGGCGGCUGUAACCGCAGGGGAAGCGGGAGGAGCUGGUGCUGCCGCCAUGGCGGACGGCGAGGGCUUGGUGUCCGUGGACUACGAGGUGCACGGCAAGGUGCAGGGCGUCUUCUUCCGCAAGUACACCCAGGGGGAGGCUAAGAGACUGGGGCUUGUUGGCUGGGUCCAAAAUACCAGCCACGGCACUGUUCAAGGGCAAAUCCAGGGUCCGACUGCCAGGGUGCAGGAGCUGCAGGAAUGGCUCAGGAAGAUAGGAAGUCCCCAGUCCCGUAUCAGCCGAGCGGAGUUCAGCAAUGAGAAGAAGAUCAAGGCUCUGGAGCACAAGGAAUUCCAGAUUUUGAAGUGACUUUGUCCAGGAAGAAGCAAAGUCUGGAGUGUGAGCUGCUCUCACGGAUCAUUUCCCCUCUUCCUCACUCAUUCAGUCAGCCAAUGUUCAGCUCUAGAGAAUUUUAUUUUAUUAGAUUUCUAAUUUAUUGUUUUGCUGCACUGUUACUUUGAUGCUCAGAUUUUCACAGAAUUCCAGUGGGUAGAGGAAGAGCUCUGUUAAAGGGGUUGUUCAGGGCCAGAACUUCUGGUUCCAAGUGUGUAUGGUUCGGGGAGUUGUACGUAAGAUAAAUCUGAAAUUUGUAGAGUGUGGUACUCAGGUGAAGGAAAUCACAGGGUCAAUGCCGACAGAAAACAUCGCUAAAAUCAUUAUUUCUGUACACUAAAUUACUCAGAAACAAUUUAUUUUAUUCCAGAACUGACUAUUUUCUGUAGAAUAAAAUUGCUUGGUUUCCGCCU